CAAUCGCAGCUGUUGAAAAGUUCACCACAUUCAUCAGAAGACAUUUACAGCUGGGCUAACUUAUCAAACCGUUUCUUAUCGAACACUUUACAAGGCAGCUUACGUAAUGCUGGCAGGCACUCAAUUGGGACGUGUGGCGAGUCGCCUGAUGCCGCGAUUAUCAUCAAUGCGAUCCAUUUACACGGAGCGAAAAGUGCAAGUUCAGGGCGCUGGUGACUUGCACAUUGUGGAGUGUGGCAAUGGUGCUCGUAGCCUGCUGCUUAUGCCCGGUGCCCUGGGUUCGGCCUGGACUGACUUCAAGCCACAAAUCGAGCAGCUACCCAAACUGCUUCCCGACCACACAAUUAUUGCCUGGGAUCCACCGGGCUAUGGAAAAUCCGUGCCACCCCAGCGCAAAUUUGGACUGGAUUUCUUCAGCGAGGACGCCGACGCGGCUGUGCAACUAAUGCGUGCCCUGGAUAGACCCAAGUUCUCGAUUCUGGGAUGGAGUGAUGGUGGCAUUACAGGUCUGCUGUUAGCGGGACGUUACAACGAUGCAGUGGACAAAUUAGCUAUUUGGGGCUCAGGCGCUUAUCUCAACGAAGCGGAGGUGAAGGCACUGCAAGCGAUUCGGGAUGUGGCGAAGUGGUCGCCACGCAUGCGCGAACCGAUGGAGAAAGUCUAUGGCGUGGAACGCUUCGCCCAGCUCUGGGCGGAAUGGGUGGAUGCCGCCUGUGACAUUUAUAAGCAACGCGACGGCGACUUUUGUCGCAAGGAAGUGAGCCAGGUGAAGGCGCCCACAUUUAUACUGCACGGAAAGAAGGAUCCCAUGAUUGCCGCCGAGCAUAUUCCCUGGCUGAGGGAACGAUUACCACAGGCGCGAUAUCACGAGUUUCCCGAGGGCAAGCACAACAUCCAUUUGCGAUAUGCGGAGGAGUUCAACAAACUGGUCGCCGACUUCUUCAGGGAGAAAUAACAGGCCUAUGAAGAAACAAGUUGAAAAAGAUGAAACAUACUUGAGGGAAAACAAAAAUGAAGUGGCUUAUCAUAUCUUCAAUUACUUUCAUGGUUUUUAUCCGAUCGUAAUAAUUAUUAGUCUGUAUACUAAAAAGUUUAAGGGAGCAUGUUAUCGAAUUUGAAGUCCUCAGCUUAUAUGCAAUAUAAGAUAAAACUGUUUAUAGGAACGUUUGGACAAACGGCCCAUAAGAAUAUUUGUAUUAAUAUACUUUUUAUAUGUACCUAUAAAACUGUUUGUCUUCACUCACUGACGAAACUAUCAAGUCACAGCCCAAACGGUAAUUCAUAUUAUUUAUGGGUAUACACAAAUUUAUUAAAGGAAGCAUAAAGUUUACUGUCAUAUUGCUUUUGACUAUCAAGUUCCAUAUAAAAAGAGACUAAAGAAUAAUUAUCGAAUCGUAUAUCUUUAGGUAUUAUGUAAUAUCAGUUCGCAGCGUUUAUAGAGACGGACAUAUAGUCAAUCGGGCAGUUAAAUGAUGUAUAUUUUGACUUUAAGGUUUUAUACAAACUUAUAAAAUAAAUGGCAAC